AUGUCUGCUGGAGGCCCGAUCAUUCAUCCCACGCUCAAAGCAAUGCUUCUCACGCCCAUCUGUGCCCAUUCUCUUUCGUUCCGCCCAAUUGUUCUGCCAUUGGAGGAGAUACUUUCCAUCUCGCUGGCCGAAAAUUGCCGCUCCGAAAGCGCCUGGGUCUCAUUUGAUGGGCGCAGUAGAAUUGAGCUAAGGAAAGGGGAUAGAAUUAUAAUUGGCCGCUCUUCGUGGCCGCUACCUCUACUUACGGCACCGAGCAACUCAACUUCUACCCAGACAAUUGAAUGGUUUGACUCGCUUUCGGCCCGUCUACACUGGAACGAAGACUAUGCAAGGGCCUCGGCCCCCACAUAA